CUUGUUCUUCUCGUCCUUUCCCUUUUGUCUCGUCAUCGGCCUCCGGUGAAGGAAAACCCUCUUCCAAUGCAGUUCUUCUCCUUCCACUACAUUAAUUACCUUUCUAUUUGUCGGCCGCUCGGUGCCGGUCAUUGUCGUUCUUCGUCCGGUCAUUAUGACGCCGCGCAAUCCCUUUUCUUUACUUCCCUCCCUUCUCUUUUGUUGCCUUCCUGGUUCCGAAACGAAAAUUUCAAGCAGGAAUCCCCCGACCUGCCUUUCUCGCGUGCAUCCCCUCUUCAUCCUAUUUGCCUCUCCCGUCUCCUCCUCCCUGGUCCUGGGGUUUCUUGCUUCUUGUUGGUCGAGGGUUUGACGUAAGGGAUGGAUCCCGGGGAAGGAAACGGCGAGAAGAGGGCGCUCGACGGGGAAGAUCUUGUCUCGAACAAGAAGCUGAGGAAGAACCGUUUCCAUGUGCGGGUCCUCCAAGAUGCCUUCUAUGGGGCACAGCACCCGUCUGCUGCGAAGAAGGCGGAGCUUGCUGACCAGACCGGGCUCACGCUCGAACAGAUGCAGGCGUGGUUUGCCAUUAGGAGGGCCUACGAUAGCUGCAGACGGUGGCAGAGGAAACCCUCGGAUGAGAAUUCCAUUGAUGAUCCAAUGGAAGGUGCGAUUGUCCUUUCUUUGCCUGCCCCCAUGAUUAAGUCGAGAUGGUUGCCGGUAAGGCCACCGCAGGUGAUUGGUCGUUGACCGCUUCAACAAGUGGGACACAGUCGCCUCCUCCAUCAGAUGACAUGCAAGGUGGGAGUUGGGCCAACAGCCUCGUCAUACUUUCUACCGUCUAAUAGAUGGGUUAAUAAACAAAAAGAAUACGUUUCAAGUUGGGUGUUGUAAACUCGAGAGGAAAGCACGAUUGUGACCUCGAACACUUGUUCGUCAGAGUGGGGAACUGCUGCAGAAGUUUUCCGGCACCUUUUACGAUUCCAUUUCUCAUUAACAUCGUUGCCUAUGCAGUUUUGUGGUCCUCUGCUUAUCCAUCAUUUCAGUACCUGCCUUUUCCUAUGGUGUCAUUUGAAAAGAUUACUAGAAUUGAUGAAUGCCACAACUGUUAUCCUUAAUAGCACUUAAUCACUUGUUUUCAGAUGGAAUUAGUGGUUUUUAAAUUAAGAUCCACAAGAUGGUAUAUACAUAUACAUAACAGAUCCUUCUAUCAACCUACUUCCCAGGAUUUAUUAUUUAUUCAUUUGUGAAGGUGAAAAGGAACAAGGUGGUGUGCUCUGAAGAACAAUGUGCAGAAGGAUAAAUCUGACUGUUGACAACCGAGUGGGAGAAAUAGGAGGCAGUAGUAACUUGGGGUCUUGGAAAAGCAUCAAGUGGUGGGAAAGAUGUGGAAAGUUGGAGCUAAUCCUGGGGCAAAGCGUGGAGAAUAUACUAGGCUUACAAACACUCCAAACGCUACAUUCCAAGCUGCUACGUAGUAAAACAAAGCUUUGGAGCGAAGCAGUGGCAUCAGAAUCCCCAGGAUAAUAUCCAAGCCUUGUACUAAAGUCAGCUCACAAGCCGACGACUCCCCACCCUUCAAAAAAUUCUCUCCUCUCUCUCUCUCUCUCUCUCUCUCUCUCUCACCCCUUUUGCAUAUGAUCCAUCCAUCGAGAGAUUGUAAGCAGUAGUUUACUGAACAAGCAAUUUGAAGCUCACUGGACAGCCAUGGUGCUUCGGUAGCAGAGAUGCACUGUAGCCGGAAACAAAAAAGAAUUGUCUGCAUGUAUUUGAUGCACAAGGUUUUCCUCUUGAA